CCAACUUGACUAUUCCGAAUCGAGUCCUGAAGCGCUCAACUUGAAGCUUGAACGUUAACUGGUAGCAAACGAGUCACGACGACGACGAAACAUGCUGAGCACGAGGCUAAUUCGAAAGCUCUUGAAACGUCUUUGGCAGAUAUUGGCAACGCUCACAACUUCAUCUGCCCAGCGACUGCGCAUUCUCAUGGCUUGCUUGCGGCGCUUUGUCGCCAAGGUUCAUGUUUUACUUGGACACAUUACUGACUCAAAGUCCUCUACUGCAGACUCAUAUUGUGCUGGGGCUUCCAGUGCACGAUAUCCACAGGCCACCUUGCCAUUACCAAUAACUUCCGGUCACGGUGGUGCAGCAAACGGCACUCAAGAUGCGACAUCAUCUUCAACUCCGUUCGCCAUGCCUGUUCCAUGCAUUCCCCAGCAAAAUGUUUCACCUUACACGUCUUCGCCCGCACGAAUUAGUAAUGCAAUUCCUUCCAAUGCUGCUCGCACCACUCCCCAUUUUGAGCCAUUCGCUGCGAACGAUGUUUUGCGAUACGAUAAACAUCCUCAUGCAGAUAAAUCUAGCAAGUGUGACCGAAUUCCGGAACUCAUGAGAUGCUUCCCUAACAAAUCAUGUCCAUGGUUGAACGGUGAUGAUUGGCAGUUAUGCAUACACCCUGAAGGCGCGCUGUAUUUGUACAAUGAGAAUCAAAAAACGUUCACCGAAGCAAUCAUGGACCAAACUACGUUCCAGUUGCUCGCUGGAUGUGUGAACGAUUUGUACAACCUGGCACACGCAAAAUCAGCGAUCUCCCAAACCAGCGAUAUCGAGCUCGUCGUGCAAUUAUGGCCGGCUGAAGGCGGCGAACAAGCAUUCUGUCAAUAUUACUUCGCCGACCACGCAGCUAGAACGCUCUUUUGGCUGCACGAUCACGAACAAGCGGCAAAGAUAUUUAGCGGGCUCCGAGGCGUCCAUGAUCCGAGUCACAUUCGAUAUGCCUUGGAGUCCGAAUACUGGACGCACUGCGAACGCUACCCGAACCACCAGAUGGAUCGAGUCAAGCUUCUCAAAGAACUGAGGGAGAAUGUCAUGUAUGCGAGUGCAGAAAUUCUCACUUCGGACAUGUCGUUGUCGCCUUUUGAUGCCGAUGAACUCUUCAAAAUCCUGGAGCUGAUCAACCAUCUUCAAGAGAACGCCGAGGGAAAUGAUUUCCCUCAUUCUAAAUGCAUCAUUGCGAGGUUCAUGCACUACUUUUAUAUAACCAAGUAUUUUAACUUCUGUGGCCUACCUUACGCUCGUCUCGAUGCUGAUAGAUCCGUGUAUGAGGAGGAUACUAGUUUUCAUCCACUGAUCAGCACGCUUUCUCUACUUUUCGAGGCUAUGCUUUUUUGGGCACCGCAAGCGCACUUGAAAGAUAUUCGAAGGGUGUGGGUUGAUGAGUGCAUCAACACGCCCCGGUGGAAAGACUUCAACAGAAAUCUCAUGACGGAAUGGAGUGGGAUCACCAUUUAUUCAACCGUCAUGUUAGCCGUAGACGUGAGUUUCCUCGCAGUGCCGAACGUGAACAUCAGCCAAUCACAGUCGAUCGGGAUCAUUGCCACAUAUCUCUCGAUCAUCUUCAUCACUGGCUCCUUGGUCGCCUCAGUCCUGCUAGCGCGUCAGAACCAGAGAUAUGGUUUCGAAUCUGCAGAUAAAGCGGCCGAAUUUCUAUCAAAUUUGACAGGCACGUUUUUUGGAGUAAAAGCCCUCGCCACAGUUCACAGUCUCCCUUAUGCAAUGCUUAUGUGGGGAAUGAUCUACUUUGCAAUUGGCCUUCUGUACAACGUGUUCAAGUCUACGACGACAGCCAUGCUGGCAUCGGUUGUCAGCGGGUCCGUGGUCAUCACCAUGUUCAUAUUGUGGUUCAUCUGGGCAGCGAGAGAGAUUCAUAUUUUCAAGCGACUGGCUAAGCUUGUUCUUUCUUCUCUACCAGGGAGAGAUAUCCAACCUUAGCGGGAAUUUUGAUUGUGUCGACCGUUCAAUAGCAUUGGCAGGAGCUUUAUAUCAAUCGAGUCUUCUUCAGUAAGAGGGGCAGAUAACAUAUU